AUGGGUGGAGUCACGCUUUUAAUGGCUGGAGACUUCAGACAGACUUUGCCAGUUGUACCAAGAGGAACUCGAGCUGAUGAAGUAAAAGCCUGUGUGAAGAGAUCAGUUCUUUGGCCUAAAGUCCAAUCGGUGGUGGAAAUAGAAGAUGCGGUACACUACCCAGUAGAGUUCUUGCACACGCUUAAUCCUCCAGGCAUUCCACCACAUCAUCUUUACCUCAAAGUUGGAGCUCCAAUAAUGUUGCUUAGGAACCUGGUUCCACCUAAGCUCUGCAACGGAACUAGGCUACAAAUCAAAGCGUUGCGCAGACACGUUAUACAAGCCGUAAUAUACACUGGAUGUGGCCAGGGGGAAGAGGUUUUUAUCCCACGCAUUCCAUUAUCCCCUUAA